UCGCACUUCUCUCAUCUCCUUCAUUGUUCUUUCCUUCUCCUUGUAAUUUCCCUCUCUAUCUCUCUUAUUGAGAUUUAUUUUAUUUUAUUUUUCUGUGGCGGUUUGUGAAUUUCCUCUUAUUUUGGAGUUUUUUUUUUCUUCUUUCUUUCUAAAGGUUCUUGUGAUCGGUUCUAUUGAGAAUUCUCUUAAGUGUUUCUGAUUGGUUGACAAAUUUUCAUUGAACUGCACCAAAUGGCUGAGGAGGGUUAUAGGGUUACUUUGAAUGUUUAUGAUCUAAGCCAAGGGCUUGCUCGACAACUUUCAAUGUCGUUUUUGGGGAAAGCUAUUGAAGGAAUAUGGCACACUGGAAUUGUGGUUUAUGGCAAUGAGUAUUACUUUGGUGGUGGCAUACAACAUUGUCCUGCUGGAUCAACACAAUAUGGAACACCACUUAAAGUGGUAGAUUUAGGUGUUACACAUGUUCCCAAGGAUGUGUUUGAAAUGUAUUUGCAGGAAAUCAGUCCGCGGUACUUGCCAGAAACCUAUAGUUUGCUCACACACAAUUGCAACAACUUCAGCAACGAAGUUGCUCAAUUUUUGGUUGGUGCUACCAUUCCUGAUUAUAUUCUUCAGCUCCCUAAUGAAGUUAUGAGCAGCCCUAUGGGUGCUCUUAUGUUGCCAAUGAUACAAAACCUAGAGACAACAUUAAAAUCUGGCGGUGUUCCACAAGUACCACAAUUUAGGCCUUCAUCAAACCCUUCUCCAAAUUUUGCUUCAGCCAACAUCCAAAAAAGUUCAAGUGUACCUAACUCAUCCGCGGAGAAAACCCUUACCAACAAUAAGGAAGCAGUCAAAGAAGAAGAUAAGAAGACAGAAAACGCGGUAUCAUCUUCUGAAAAGCCAAAUACUGUUGUCAAAGAUCCUCUAGGUGAUGCAAGGAACAAGGUUCAAGAUGAGAUCAUGAAAGAAUUUAAUGCAAUAAUGGCAUCCGGGACAAUGCGUGCUAGUGAAGCAGCAACACUUGCUGCUAGAAGAGUCAUGGAAAGACAUGGCCAUAUUUCUGUGUCACAGAGUUAGCUACACUUGUUUUUGUGUCUUUUUUUUUUUUAAUUAAUAUGAUUAUUAACAAUUUGUUCAUGUAUACAAUGUCACUGCAACUUAUUGUGGUGGAUUAUUGGAUUAAAUUUGAGACACAAUUGAAUCACUCUUUGUUUUGUGGA